AGGUUAUGUUUAUUGUUUAGUGGUUUAGGUUUAAUUAAAAUAAUAUUAUAUUAUUAAAUAAUAAUUUUGAUAUAAAUCUAUAAAUAAAUUGUAUAUUAAAACAGAACAAUUUAAGUGAAAACAGUGAUUAAUAAAGGGUACUUGGUUAUUCUAAAUGUAUUCCAACAUCGUUCUAUCCAGACAAUGGUCUCGAGUGGCGUGUUUCUGCCGCUAUGUGUCCACAAUCGAGGGACAGACACUUCCUCAGCCUGGAAAGUCAAGUGAUGGAAUUUCGCCGCCGCCGCGCAUACCCAGAGGUCCUACCGAUAUCUUACAGGCUUUAGCGGCAACGGUUGGCUCAGACCCUACAGCUGCACAUUACAAAUAUCAUGAUGAUCCAUUUUUAAUACCCCAAUCAAAUUACCGUAAGCGAGCAUAUGCCCUGUCAGCCGAAGCUGGAAGGAAAGCAGCAGCGUGGAUAAAAGAUGAGCAUGCAGAACUGUUUACUAUGAGAGAAUGGGACCCGCCCCUGAAGAUGAAAACCCCAUAUUUUAAUGCUGACCCACAGAUUGAGGCUUUUGCUCCUAAACCUAUUUAUAAUGAUGAGAGUAAGGUCACAGAAGAAGAUUUAAGAUACACUAUUCAAAAUGCACUUCUAGAAGAUGCAAUUAAAGUGUUUGAGCUUCUUGGUGGAGUAGACAAUUUGAAUGAUGAAUUGAAGCUAUCUCUUUUGCAAUUGUUGUGCUUUUAUAAUGAGAAGGAACCAGUUUCUAUGGAAUGGGUGGAGGAAAGGUGGUUCUCUGCUGCCACAAGGGAAAGACAGGCUGCCACUUGGAGGCUAGGUGGUCUUGCUGACAAAAUCUUCACAGCAAUGGAUCCCAAAACCUCUGAAGCAUACUGCGCUAUCAUACAAGGAAUGGCUAAAUAUUUUCAAGCCGAACGAGCUCACGCCUUAGCACAAGAGGCGAGGGAGCAAGGCAUACCGCUGUCAACCAGUGUAUAUAACUCCUUGUUAGGCUGUGUUGGUUUCUUGAAGGAAGGAGUUUCUCUACGCGUCGAGGCGCUUAAGAGUUUACUGAGUGAAAUGAAUGAACAGGGUCUAUCACCAAAUUCCGAGACAAUGAACGCGUGUCUAAGGUCGAUAUCCUCGUGGGGCGGCGGCAAGGCUCUGCAGACCAUCGCGCUGCAGGUAGUGGCUGAGUUCAGGCUACUAGGCAUUGAGCCCACUCUGUCCGCUUACUACUAUCUGCUGUGCGUGUUUUGUAAAGAACGGGGUCCACGUAUCGACAUCCUCACUGAUAUUAUAGCGGAUCUAGAGAAGAGGGAAUCAAUAAAAGCCACUCAAGCAACGGACACUAACUUCUUCAUUACCGCAAUGGGAGUUUGUAGCGAUCAUUUACAGGAUGUAAACCUGGCGGAGCGCGUACACGCCUUGCUAAUGAAAGAUGACAAUUACAAGUUGGUGGGCGAUGCGUACAAGGAAAGCAUUUACUAUAGGCACCUCGUCACCGUUACUUGCAAAUAUGCCCCAUUCGAGAAGACAACAGAAUUAUUAGACACAUUAGUGCCUAACAUUUACGUUCCCGAACCGACCGUGAUGGAGGAGAUUAUAAGAACGCUGGAAGUGGCAGGAGCAGGCGACAGAUUGGCAGAAGCGUGGUCGCAACUGGUGGUAUACGGACACGCCAAGCGAACUAAGCUUGUGGAAAAACUACUCUCGGCUUUCUGCAGUUGUUACACAUAUCAAGAAGACGAAGUUAAAGCAAAGAUCCGUAACGCAGCUGCGGAUAUAUUAAAGUAUGGACAACUCGUAGAAGAACGAGAAGAAAAUGAGGAUCGCCGCUCACCUACACCAAAACUAUCAGCUACAGCCCUGUCAAACAUAGUGGAACUAUGCUCCGAUACGCAAGACAAAUUAGACCCCAAUUGGACCGCAGUAGAAGACGCGAUACAAAAGCUAAGAAACGAGCAAGCUACCGGGGUACCCGAGAGACCGCAGGCUUUGGCUGACGUCGCACAAAAGGCUGCUACUGUUGGAAAACCUGAGUUGGCUGCUCUCGCCGUAACCUACUUAGCGGAAUGCGGGUUUGAAGAGGCAACAGCGGCUAGUGUUCAAACGUUGGGCGUGAUGCUGAACCGGCCCGCUGAAGAAAUUGAAACUUUACUCCAAGAGCAGAAAUCUUCCCUUGCCACAUCGCUCCACCCUUCGGCCUUGGCGGUAGCUCAGGCUUAUCAUAUAGCCAAAUCUGGAGCACCGGCACACGAAUCCGAAUCCUCGGAGAGCGACAGCGAUACGUCGUCCGACGAUGAAUAGUCUUUAUGUUAGUAUUAUUACUUAGUAUUAAUAAAUUGCAUUUAGAUAU